AUGGCCGACCUCACAGUGCAAUCACUUCAACCCUACUCAACAUGCGACAUAAGCGACGCCCUCCUCAAACUCUCCUCCAAAACCGGCGGCUUCCUCCCCAACCUAACAAUAUGGUCCCCGAAACGUCAAAAGGGAACCACCAAGAUCAUCGGUCCAGCAUACACGGUCAAAUACGUCCCGUUAGAUGAUCACGCGCCGAAGGUGGAGAGCCAUUAUAUCGACUCCAUACCCGAAGGCACGGUGAUCUUCGUGUCCUCGCCACGGAGUACCUCCGACGCCGUUUACGGGGGGUUGAUGUCGACGAGAGCGCAGAAGAGGGGCGCGGUGGGUGUUGUUGUUGACGGGAGGUUCAGGGAUUUGCGGGAGCAGAGGGGGUUGGGGUUUCCUGUGUUUGCGAAAGAUGUAGGGACUGCGCCGCCGUAUGGGAGUGUUAAGGUUGGUGGGGUAAAUGUGGUCGUGUCGGUUUGGGACGAGGCGGCGGGGAGAGAGGUGGUGGUGCAGCCUGGAGAUUAUCUGGUUGCGGAUCUGAAUGGGGUGGUCUGUUUACCGAGGGAGUUGGUGGGGGAGGUGGUGCCGUUGAUGGAGAGGCAGGUUGCAGAUGAUGCGAAGAUUGCGGUGGAUAUUAAGGAGGGUGUGAGCUUUGUGGGGGCGAGUAGGAAGCAUCGGGCGUAG